AAGCUGGACCAAAAGAAGACCACCUGGGUCGGAAUCAUAUUCGUUUGAGAUAAACUUUUCUAUUAUAUACUUUAUUAACUAUUCAUUUGAACUUUAGGGUUGUCUAGAUUAUCCUUUAAUAGGCUAUUUGGUAAUAAUGCAGGUAUAGAUGUUGGCAUUCAUUGGUGGCCGUUCCCAAUAUAUUAAAACGCUAAAAAGAGUCCACGACCUGGCAACCCAGAAGUUCCUAUUAAUGGCUAAUAGCAGCUCUAUAAAACAUUGGUAAAUGAUCUAUUAACAAUUGAUAAAGUUGUUAGUCCCAACGUCCAACCCCUUAUAAAGGGUCACUUAUUCUAAACAAAAAUGUUUAUUAACUUUACAUUCUCCGCCAGCCAAAAGCUUUUUACAAGGCAAAGUAUUAAGUACCACUAUAAGUACAAAAAUCUGUGAUAUUAACCAGCUACAAUGCUCCUUCUAUGCCUUUAACCAGCAGACAUUUAAUCCUUAAAACCAUAUUGUGUUACUGAAUCCUUGCUUCAUUACUCAGGGGGCAGCUGGGCCAGUAAUCAUGGAAAGUGCAGUCUUACAGGAUAUUAGACAGAAUUAUUGUCUUCACAAUCCGGAUCUACGGAUUUGGUUUCCAAGAAUUAAAUGUCACGGUCUAGAGCCCCUCUCCUCUUAUUGGACUUAUUAAGAGGACCCCAUCUCCUUCUCUUCUCUGCAGCUGCACCAGAGCAGCAAACAUGCAGCAUCGGGAGCAGCUAGAGCACUCUACACUGAGCAAAAUGGAGCACCUUGUCCUACAUAGAAACUCCUCAUCCUCUCAUAGCUCAGUCGACACAGAGCUCCUCUCUCGGACUGGCUACACCAUACUGGCCGUUAUCAUGGGCGUGUUCUCUGUAGUGGGGAUCCUCCUCAAUGUCCUGGUGAUCGUGGUGACAAUGAAACACAGACAGCUGAGACAGCCACUCAGCUAUGCCCUGGUUAACCUGGCCAUAUGUGACCUGGGCUGUGCUGUAUUUGGAGGUCUGCCCACCACAGUUACCAGUGCCAUGGGAUACUUCAGCCUGGGACGUGUGGGCUGCGUGAUGGAGGGCUUUGCUGUAGCCUUUUUUGGUAUAGCAAGUCUGUGUACAAUAGGAGUCAUUUCUGUUGAACGCUACAUAGUGGUGUGCUAUCCCAUGGGUGCUGUCCUGUUCCAGACUAGACAUGCAGUCGCUGGAGUGGUACUGUCCUGGAUGUGGUCCUUUUUGUGGAACACUCCACCUCUGUUUGGUUGGGGAAGUUAUGAGCUGGAGGGCGUCAAGACCUCCUGCGCUCCCAACUGGUACAGCCGGGAUAUUGGCAACAUGUCCUACAUCAUCAUAUACUUUUGCUUUUGCUUUGCUGUGCCCUUUUCUAUCAUCCUGGUGUCUUACUCACGACUCUUGUGGACCCUCCGCCAGGUGACCAAGCUACAGAUAUCUGAGGCUGGCAGCACACAUCGCGUGGAGAUGCAGGUGGCACGUAUGGUAGUGGUUAUGGUGUUGGCCUUCCUAGUGACAUGGCUGCCAUAUGCUGCGAUGGCCCUUGCCGUCAUCAUAGACUCCAGUCUAUAUAUUGACCCCAUCAUCGCUACCAUACCUGUUUACUUGGCUAAAAGCAGCACUGUCUACAAUCCCAUCAUAUAUAUUUUCAUGAACAGACAGUUUCGAGGAUACGCUGUUCCCACUGUCCUGUGUGGAUGGAACCCGUGGGCCUCGGAUCCACAAAUGUCUGAGGCGGAGACCACGGUUGCUUCUCUCAACAAGAGCCAAAAAGUCUCCCCUAAAGAACCUCUGAAAGAAUAAAAGUGUACAUGAAUCCCCUAACGCCUGAGGCAGCACGAGAUCAUCAGAACUACUUCCAACUGUUGGCCAACGCUGUCUGCACUGGACUGCAAGGAAAGAUUAAAUAAAAACAACAUACACUGAACAAAAUUAUAAACGCAAACACUUUUGUUUUUGCCCCCAUUCAUCAUGAGCUGAACUCAAGAUCUAAGACUUUCUCUAUGUACACAACAGGCCCAUUUCUCCCAAAUAUUGUUCACAAAUCUGUCAAAAUCUGUGUUAGUGAGCACUUCUCCUUUGCCGAGAUAAUCCAUCCACCUCACAGGUGUGGCAUAUCAAGAUGCUGAUCAGACAGCAUGGGUAUUGCACAGGUGUGCCUUAGGCUGGUCACAAUAAAAGGCCACUCGAAAAGGUGCAGUUUCACUGUAUUGGGGGGGUCCGGAAACCAGUCAGUAUCUGGUGUGACCACCAUUUGCCUCACGCAGUGCAACCCAUACUCAUGCUGUCUGAUCAGCAUCUUGAUAUGCCACACCUGUGAGGUGGAUGGAUUAUCUCGGCAAAGGAGAAGUGCUCACUAACACAGAUUUUGACAGAUUUGUGAACAAUAUUUGAGAGAAAUAGGCCUUUUGUGUACAUAGAGAAACUCUUAGAUCUUUGAGUUCAGCUUAUGAUGAAUGGGGGCAAAAACAAAAGUGUUGCGUUUAUAAUUUUAUUCAGUGUAUGUAGACAAAGCCAAGUUAAUGGACUGAUAUGGACGCCAGUAAUGAUGGAGGCAUUACAAAUUCUGUGUAGUCCUAUUUUUUAAAAAACACAUUAAAGCAGCUGUGAAAAGGAAGAAGGAAAACACUAAUGAGACUCUCCAUGUGUUAAAAUCUGUCUGUUCCUGCUGAGGCUGUCUCAACUUUUUAUGUAUUAUGACAAUAACGACAAUUAUUUUGUCUUGUUCCCUGUCACUGAUGUUGCUGAUCAUGUGUAAUUAUUUUUGAUCUCACCAUGAGGAUGCAGGAGUUGUGCCAAUUCCACAGGACGUAAAGAUCGAAAGGUUCAAAGAUUAAGGGUUCAAAUCCACACAGAAACAACAUUCAUGGUUUGCUAAAAAUGUAUGAUAUACAUGCACAUUUAUUCUAAAAUAAAAUGUAGCUGAUAAUGUAAUUUAUCACAACAACAUA